AAUAUAACAGGUACAAAUGACGACGAACAACAAUCUUGUGGCGAUUCACGGCGGAGGAAGGGAAGGCUGAACUCGAUGGAAAGGGACGAAGGAGCAGUGGAAGAAGGCAAGAGGAGAUGUAAAGUCCUCAAAAAUCGAAUUGAAACCUUUACAACUACUCAACAAUCCUCAUGGAAGACUACCCUUUUCAGGCUAAUCAAUUCUGAGCUAUCUUUCCUCAACCGCGUUUCCCUCUCCAAGAACGAUUCAUCUCUCAAACUCAGCUCCAACAUUGGGUAUCUUGAAGCAGUUGUUCACAUUCUUCAACACCCACUAGUAACAGCAGUUUCACGGGUCUGCAAACCCAUUUCGAUAUCGUCGAAACUGAGCGUUUAUAUCGACGUAAUUUGCUCUUUUAAUGGAAACCCAGUUUGGUUUAUUGUAUCAGAUAGAAACCCCAGGUACAUUUGUUGGGAAGAUUUGGGGGAAAUUAGGAAUUGCAAGGGUUUAAGAAGCAAAAUCGUAGAACUCAUGUUUGCUGCCUCAGAGUCGUCUGUUACGGUGAGGCCUAGUUCUAUUAUCCUUUUCUUCUCAAAUGGACUUCAAAGUUGCAUUCUUGAGAAGCUUCGAGGGGAAUUUGGAGCUACUGAUCUGGGGUUUGGGUUUUGUGAUUUUGAUUGUGAGUUUUAUGAUGAAUUAGAGGAUGAGGAUUGGGUAAGUGUACUAGGGAGGUCUUUUGAAAGGGCGUGUAUUUUGGAAAUAAAGGUUGGUUCUUUUUCGUCUAGUAGAGAUGUUAAAUUGCAGGGUAAAGAUGGAGAAACAUUAACAGACCUUUCUGGGAGUUUAGGGAAGCUGCAUAGUGAUGAUGCUAGUAAAGAUGUAAAUUUGGGUGAUUCUUUCUGUGCUCUUGUCUCAGCAUUGAGGAGUUGGUCCGGAUUAGAUGUUGAAGAAGCUGAAUUGGUCAAUUUUGAUACAACAGCACUAGUUGCUAUAGUGUCCGGGAUUAGUAAUGGUGGUAUUGAUCGAAUUCUGGCUACUCCAGAGAGUGAGCUGAGAAGCCGGUUCAAGGUCAAUUAUGAGUUCAUGAUUGGACAGGUGAAUUCUGAAAUUAAGAAGCCAAUCCACAUGGAGCUGAUGCCUUAUAUAUUGCAAAAGCGAGGCAUAGUUUGUGAAAGUGUUUGUUUAGAAUUUCAGGAGCUUGUUUCAAUGUGUGGUGGGCCUAAUGAGAAGUCUAGGGCAGAGCACUUUCUGAAUCAUCUUAGAGUUGUGCCUGAUUGCCCGUCAGAACGGCUAAUGAGCCUUCCAACAACCAGAAAAUUGGCUUUAAAAAACAAGGUAGCUUUUGGAACUGGUGAUUAUUGGCAUGCUCCUACUAUAACUGCAAACAUGGCAUUUGCCAGAGCUGUUUCACAGACAGGAAUGUCCCUGUUUACCAUAGAGCAUAGACCACGAGCCUUGGUCGGUGAUUAAUCCCCUUGGCAAAUGGCAUUUGAAAACAGAUGUUGAUCCUAAUCCUGAGGCUACAUUGGCUUAAUGGAACUGAAAACUUUUCUGCGAAAAGAGAUGUUGAGAUACGCAAGUGUGACGCGUCAUUUGAACUAGGAAAUUGUGAAACUUGCUUGGCUAUUACACAUGUAUAUAUCAGACUAGCACAAUGUUCUAAUGGGCAUUUUGCAUGUUAGCUUGUAUGAUGCUUCUUUGGUAAUAAAAUAAGGGGCCUCAGUUAUCUUAA